GGAAGUCCAACGAUUCAUGUCCGCAAUCUAAGCUUUGACACUCGUGGACUCUUCAUAUCAAUCCCUUCAUUCCCAUUCCUUCCCAUAUCUAUUUCCUGUUUUUCUUCGUUCUGCUUUACGACCGUAUCUUCUAUUCUCCCAUGCACCCCAUUACUCCUUGUACCCGUUUUCUCUCUGUUUUCUUGGGGUUUCUCGCCAUUUCUGUAAAUUUCUUUGUCACUUCUCUCAGCUGAUCCAUCGCCUUAAAGUUCUCUAUCGCAAAUGGGGAAGAAAGUAUCUGCGUCGACAGUGAGGGGAGGGCGGUAUCUCCAACCUCGGUAUUACUUUAAGAGGCCUAGACGACUUGCAUUGAUCUUUCUCGCUGUAAUCUCGGUUACAUGGUUUGUAUAUGAUCGCCAAUCACUCACAAGGGUCCAUCAGGAGGAGAUUUUGAGAUUAAAUGAAGAGAUUACAAUCCUGAAAAAUACACUAGAAGACAUGAGAGUCCCUAUGAAAGCUACGGGUGGACAAACCCAGAGUGAAAUACAUGAAGAGCGAUAUGAUCCUAUUACCAUCCAACGAAGAGAGAAAGUAAAGGAUGCCAUGCUUCAUGCAUGGACAUCGUAUGAAAAGUAUGCAUGGGGCAAGGAUGAACUUCAGCCGCAAACAAGGGAUGGUGUUGACAGUUUUGGCGGUCUAGGGGCAACUAUCGUAGAUUCACUUGACACUUUGUAUAUAAUGGGUCUUGAAGUCCAGUUUCAAAGAGCUAGAGAGUGGAUUGCAAACAGAUUAGAUUUCAACAAGAACAUUGAAGUUAGUGUUUUUGAGACAACCAUAAGAGUUCUGGGUGGUCUUCUUAGUGCUUAUGAUCUUUCUGAUGACAAAAUUUUCCUUGAAAAGGCUAGAGAGCUUGCUGAUAAGUUGCUACCCGCUUGGGAUUCACCUACAGGAAUCCCUUAUAAUAGAAUUAACUUGGCAUAUGGCAAUGCACAUAAUCCUUCUUGGACUGGGGGAAACAGUAUUCUUGCAGACUCUGGUUCAGAACAGCUUGAAUUUAUUGCUUUAUCUCAAAGAACAAAAGAUCCCAAGUACCAGCAGAAGGCAGAGAAAGUCAUCAGAGAGAUUCAAAAAAAUUUCCCUGACAACGGGUUGCUUUCCAUACAUAUUGAUCCUCGAACUGGGGUUGCAUCAUAUGGAUCAAUUACAUUUGGUGCUAUGGGUGAUAGCUUCUAUGAGUAUCUACUUAAGGCCUGGAUACAAGGGAACAAGACAGAAGAAGUAAAGUUUUACCGAGAAAUGUGGGAGAAAUCAAUGAAAGGGCUUGAGAGCUUAAUAAAGAGGUCAACACCAUCAUCAUUUGCAUACAUAGCUGAGAAGUUUGGAAAUUCACUCACUGACAAGAUGGAUGAAUUAGCUUGUUUUGCUCCUGGAAUGGUGGCAUUAGGAUCUUUUGGCUAUAAGCCGGGGGAAGCUGAAAAGAUUUUGGCCCUUGCAGAGGAGCUUGCAUGGACUUGUUACAAUUUCUACCAGUCAACACCAACAAAAUUGGCUGGGGAGAACUAUUAUUUCCAUGAAGGAAAGGAUAUGAAUGUUGGCACCUCAUGGAAUAUUCUAAGGCCUGAAACAGUUGAGUCCCUCUUCUAUCUCUGGCGAUUUACUGGAAACAAGACAUACCAAGAAUGGGGUUGGAAUAUUUUCCAAGCAUUUGAAAAGAACUCUCGGAUUGAGACCGGAUAUGUUGGGCUCAGAGAUGUUAUAUCAGGGACAAAAGAUAAUAUGAUGCAGAGCUUCUUCCUUGCAGAAACGCUAAAGUACCUCUAUCUUUUGUUUUCACCUCCAUCAGUUGUACCCCUGGAUGCAUGGGUCUUUAACACGGAGGCCCAUCCUUUAAGAAUUGUGACCAGAGAUGGUCUUCCAGAGGAUUUGAGUGCAAACCAGGAACCAAAAAUCCCUCGUUAUAUGCAGGGUCGGAAAGAAGGUAUACUCGAUUACAAGUAACUGAGCGUUGUUGGUUUAAAAUUACAGGUAAGAAGAGCAUCUUUACCUUGUGUUUCGUGAAACCCAUUGUUAAGAUGUCUGAACCUAACAAGCAUGGAAAAUGUGGGGUUUAUGUUGUGUGUGCCCUAAAAUCUUAUAGGGACUUAGACUUUUGUUUUUGUUUUAAUAUUUUCUCAUGCAUAGAUUUUUCAUAAAUAGGUUUCCAAGUAUUUGGAAAAUGAUGACACCCACAUAUAAAACAUCACUUGAAGUAUAUGUCUACUCCCCUGCUCUCAACCUACAUCCAUAACCUCAUUCAAUGUUACAGAGUGACGACAUUAGUUCAUCGGCCUGAGAGUGUUCAGGAAGUUUAAUUGAUGACUACGAGGGGGACAAACUAUGUAGCAAUGGGCAGAUUUCUUGGAAGGUUUGUCUCUUGAUACAUUAGUAAGAAAAAGUGGUGUCCACACACAAACACACACGCUUAUGCACAUAUGCUACUUAUUUUCUUUUUUCUUUUUUCUCCUUGUAUUUUUUGGGGAGUUGUAAAUCCUUGUGGCUAUGUUGAUUGAUGAAACUUGAGAGACUACAAAAAUUUCUGACUUCUUGGAAUGUUCAUGCUGAUUAACUUAAUGUAGGAUCUCUACUGGGUCUCAAUUUUUAAUCAUAAUAAAUU